AUGAACGGUGUAUGCGUCCGAUGGCGCGGCUGGCUAGACCUGGAACGGCUGGAUGGCGUCGGCUGUCUGGAAUACAACGAGGAACGCGCUGCACAGGAAGACGCCCUCCUCAGGGAGCAAAUCGACCGAUACAACCAGCGAUUGAAGGAGUUCGAGGAUAAGCAACGCGGAUACAGGCCUCCAGACCACCAUCGGACUUCCGCCGCAGCGGCUGCGGAACAGGACCUUGAGGUACGCCAUCACCAUCUGCACCACUCAGCUGCGGCUGGUGUAGGCCCCUCGCCAUUGCAAAGGCAGUACAUGAAGUUGUUUUGA